CCAACAUGUUGUGAAGUGCAAGUCAUACCCUAGAGUGAAUGUGAAGAGUUAGAGAUCAGGUUUUGUGUCUGAGAGAAAGUGAAACUAUCUGACAUUCAGCGUCUCUGAGAGGUGAAAUGGCGCAGCAAGGAAUUCAGAUGGACCAGAAGAAACUCUAUUGUUCAAUCUGUUUGGAUCUACUGAAGGAUCCGGUGACUAUUCCCUGUGGACACAGCUACUGUAUGGACUGUAUUGGAAGUCACUGGGAUGAAGAGAAUCAGAGGUAUAUCUACAGCUGUCCUCAGUGCAGACAGAUGUUCAGACUGAGGCCUGAUCUGAAGAAAAGCACGGUUUUAGCAGAUUUAGUGGAGGAAGUGAAGAAGACAAGACUUGAAUCUUCUCCAGAUGAUCUCUGCUAUGCCGGACCUGGAGAUGUGUCCUGUGAUUUCUGCACUGGGAGAAAACUAAAAGCUGUCAAGUCCUGUCUGCAGUGUCUGGUCUCUUACUGUGACCAACACCUCCAGCCUCACUAUCAUGUUGCUGCAUUAAAGAAUCACAAGCUGGUGGACCCGUCAAAGAAGCUUCAGGAGAACAUCUGCUCUGCUCACAAUGAGGUGAUGAAGAUUUUCUGCCGCACUGAUCAGCAGUGUAUCUGUUAUCUGUGCUCCUUGGAUAAACAUAGAGGUCAUGAUACAGUUUCAGCUGCAGCAGAAAGGAACGACAAACAACGAGUUGUUGGGUUGAAUCAAGAGAAGAUCCAGCAGAGAAUCCAGGACAGAGAGAAAGAUGUGAGGAUGCUUCAGCAGGAGGUGAAGGUCAUCAAUCAGUCUGCUGACAAAGCUGGAGCCAACAGUGAGGAGACCUUCAAAGAUCUCAUCUGUCUCAUUGAGAAAAGAAACUCUGAUGUGAAGCAGCAGAUCAGAUCCAAGCAGACAGAUGAGGUGAGAAAAGUCAGAGAUCUUGAGGAGAAGUUGAAGCAGGAGCUUGUUGAGUUGAGAAGGAGAAGCUCUGAGCUGGAGCAGCUCUCACAAACAGAAGACCACAUCCGGUUUCUACACAAUUAUCCUCAAAUAUCAAAUCUCUGUGAUUCUAAAGAAUCUCUCAGCAUCAGAACUGAUCCUAAAGUGAACUUUGAAGUCGUAGAAACAGCUGUAUCAAAGGUCAAAGAAAAACUGCAGGAUGUUCUUAGCGUGGAGUGGAUUUUGAAGUUGCAAGAAAAUCUGCAAGUAGAACCCAAAACAAGAGCUGAGUUCCUACAGUAUUCCCGUCACCUCACACUGGAUCCAAACACGACAAACCCACAGUUAUUGUUGUCUGAAGGGAACAAGAAAGCAACAGUGACGAGACAGAUUCAGUCAUAUGUUCAUCAUCCAGACAGAUUCAUGGAAAAGCAGCAGGUCCUGAGCAGAGAGAGUCUGACUGGACGUUGUUACUGGGAGGUUGACCAAAUAACAAUUAUAGCUUCAGUAGCAGUCACAUACAAGGAUAUCAGCAGAACAGGACGAGAAAGUGUAUUUGGGUACAACGACAGAUCUUGGGCUUUAGAAGAUUCGUUAAAUUACACUUUCAUUCACAACAGCAUCAAAACUCCCAUCUCAGGUCCUCCGUCCUCCAGAAUCGGAGUCUAUCUGGAUCACAGUGCAGGUAUUCUGUCCUUCUACAGAGUCUCUGACACCAUGACUUUGAUCCACAGAGUCCAGACCACAUUCACUCAGCCUCUCUAUGCUGGAUUUAGAAUUUUGGGUUUUGAUCACUGUGUUGAACUGUGUGAGCUCAAGUAGACAGAUGUUAUAAACGAGCCAAAGAGUUAAAAUCUGUUUGUGUAAACUGAUUUUUGUCUCUGUGCUGUGGUGUUUCUGCUCCAAAAGUCCUAAAUAUUUGUUACUGAUUGUUGACUGGAGUGAAUCUUUGACUUUCUGCAGACAUAAAAACCAUUUUAGUCAAAGCAGAUGUUGUCCUCAAAGUGUGCAGCUGCAUCAAGUAGAAUGAAAUUAUGAGGACGGAGAAUCAAACUUGCUCCAUCAUUUUCAUUUAUAACUCUGAAAAUACUCACAGUAAGAACCUAAAAUGUUGCUGGGCUUCCUUAAAUGUGCUAAAGUUAUUGUACAUGACUUGUGGGGAAAUGAGCUUCUACUACUGUUGUGUUUGAAAAUCCUGAUUGUCAAUGGAAAUGUUUGAUCAGUACAAAAAAAUGUAGAGUUGAUGAUUUUAACUUCGUUUUCUUGAAUGGUUCAGAAUGCAGACCUGUAUUAUUAUUAUGACUCUACAAUAAUCAAUAAGGACAACACUGAUUAUCUUCUUAUUCAGUGGAGACAAACUAACUGAACAGACUGGUGGUGGAUGAAAUGGAAGAAAAAAUAUGUCAACAUUUAUUGAUUUGAUUAAUGGAUCAAGUUGAUUUUUCCUGAAACAAAUAAUGUCUCAUGAGUUUAUCCUAGAAAAUCAGGGUUUAAAAAGUGUCAUUUUCUGUUUGAUUUCUGUCUUAUGGUGGUUCAUGUAUUGUAAACAAAAAUGUAGCUGCAAGGGGACACAAGGCAGUGUCAUAUUGUGCCGGUCCCAAGCCCGGAUAAAUACAGAGGGUUGUGGCAGGAAGGGCAUCUGAUGUAAAACUUUGGCCAAAUCAAACAUGCGAAUCAAAUGUAUGACUUCCAUACCGGAUCGGUCGAGGCCCGGGUUAACAACGACCGCCAUUGGUGCUGUCGACCUACAAGGUGCCGGUGGAAAAUGGACGACUGUUGGUCGAAGAAGGAGGGGAGGAAGGUGUGUUCAUAGGAAGAGAGAGAAGAGGAUGGAUGUGGUUAAAGAGGACAUGAAGGUAGUUGGUGUGAGAGACGAGGAUGCAGCAGACAGGGUUAGAUGGAGGCAAAUGAUUCGCUGUGGCGACCCCUGAAGGGAAAAGCCGAAACGAAAAGAAGGAGAUGCAUUGUAAACAAAAAAUAUUAAAAUGGUUUUGGGGAAAAAGACAUUUGUUUAAAUGGCAUAUAAACACUUUUUUUUACAGUUAAUGUAUAAUUCCAAAUAAAAAUCAACAUUAUUCAGUG